AUGGUUGAAGCAGUGGUUUAUUUAAGUGAAGAUAUGAAGGCCUUAAAUGGUGGACAAAGAACGAGUUACAUGGCCGAUGGGAAACUUCUCUACACUGAUGAUGGUACUCGAUCUGGAACAAAGAUGGAUGUAGCUCGGCAGUUGAUGCGAACUAAAUGUACCAAUGUUAUUAAUGACUUCAUCAAUGGUGUCGGUUUCAAAUUAAAGUUUGUAGAGGACUCUUAUGAUCCAUUGAGAAUUUCAUUUCUAGCAGCAUUGGACUCGAUUGAAGCUUCUUCGGAUUCUGAAAAAUGGAAAUGGAAGAAAUCUGCUUCUAGCAGAUUUUUGGGUGGCUCGGUGUUCUGUUGUGAUGGUCUAUCAAAUGGGGAUGUGCAACAAUGCAAUAAUCGUUUUUGGAGAGAUUCUGUUAGUGACGUGGCUUUGAAGUUGUGGGAGAAGGCGACUGAUUUUGGGGUGGUUGAAGGUGACGAUGUUGAUUUUCAUGGUGAAGCAAUUAGAUGUUUGGAACUUAAUGACCAAAUGUGGGGGGUGGAGGCGGCGAUUAAAGAUUUGAAUGCUUUGGAUUUUGAGGUAGCUAAUGAGGGAUCUUUGGAUGCUGAGGAAAUGGCUCAUAAGAGGUCUUUGACUACAAGUAAGAUCGAUCUUUUGAGAGCAACAGAUGAGUUUUAUCGAACUUCUUGUGUUCCUGAAGUGAUUACAAGGUCUUUUAUUGUCUUGAUCCCUAAAGUUGAUAAUCCUCAAGCUCUUGAUAAGUUUAGGCCUAUUUGCUUAAUGGGAAGUGUACAAUUGUUGGAUGGUGUCCUAGUUUUGAAUGAAGUGGUGGAUUUUACUAAGAGUGCAAAAAGGAAGUGUGAGUUGGUAAAAGUGGUCUCUGAAAAAGCUUAUGAUUGUGUCUUUUGGGAUUUUCUUAGGAGUAUGUUGAGAAGAUUGGGUUUUGGUGAUAAGUGGUGUGGGUGGGUGGAAGCAUUGGUGUUUAAUAGUUUGAUGUCCAUUCUUGUUAAUCAGAGUCCAAUGAAGGAUUUAAAAGUUACUAGAGGUGAUUCGGGGGUUUGGAAAAAUGACUCUUGGGUGUGGGAUCUUGACUUUAACUGGGUGGAUUUGAGUGACGAGGAAGCCUUGUCGCUAGACGAAUUAGUGCAAAUUUUGCAUGAUGUGAAGCCUAAGCCUCAUAAAGAGGAUCACUUUGUUUGGUCGAGGGAUAAAGAUGAAUUCUCGUUAAUCCUCAACAAGCUACCCACUAGGUUAAAGUUGGAAAAGCGUGGAAUUAUUGAAGGUGCUCACAAUGUGGUUUGUCCUUUUUACUUCAUGGAAAAGGAGGAUGUAGGGCAUUUAUUUUGUUCUUACUCUUUUUCUAAUCUCAUAUGGUCCAAGUUUUGCUGGUGGAUUGGAGUGGAUGUUACUCUUUCGGGUUCUUUCUUGAAUAGGCUCCAAGAGAUGAGGAAGUUUUUGGUUCCUAGAACAAGUAUUGAGAAAGUGAAUGUUAAGCCACCGGAAGUCGAAGUAGAAGAAACACCCCCUAAUGUGGCCAACGAGUUUAAUCCAAAUGAGAUUGUGCGUGAUCCAGGAUGUAGGAAACAAAUUCAUGAGUAUGCUCCAGAUAUUCAAGACCAAGUGAGGAGGGCAUAUAUAUUGAAGGGUCCAACGCAACCAGAUUUAGCAAGAUUUCCUCGUACUCAAUUUGGGAAGUAUUCAAGAGCAUUUUGUAAAGCAUGGUAUAAGAACUAUACAUGGAUUGAAUACAGUGAGUCAAAGGAUGCAACUUAUUGUUUCUAUUGCUUUCUCUUUAAGCCGCCCGGGAGGGCCGAACACUUUGGUUAUGAAGUCUUCAACAAAGACGGAUUUAAGGAUUGGAAGCAUGCAUCUAAAGGCUUUAAAGAUCAUAUUGGUAGUCAUGAUAGUAAGCACAACUCAUGUGUGAAGCACUAUGAUGAUUAUAAUAAUCAAAGACAAAGUGUGACAAGUAUCUUUGCUAGAGCAACUAAGGAAUCAGAAGAAUUGUAUAAGAUCCGUUUAACUUGUUCUUUAGAUUGUACUAGAUAUCUCUUAGCACAAGGCAUUGCUUUUCGUGGCCAUGAUGAAAGCUAUACUUCUCUAAACAAGGGAAAUUUUAAAGAGAUGGUGGAUUGGGUAAAAUCUAAUGAUGAAAAAGUAAGAGAUGCUUUUGAUCGUGGUCCAAAAAAUUGCACUAUGACUUCCGGUGACAUUCAAAAGGAGCUUGCAACGUGUUGUGCACAUGAAGUUACGAAGGUGAUUAUGGAAGAGCUUGGUGAUAGACAAUUCUCCGUUCUUAUUGAUGAGUCACGUGAUAUAUCUGUCAAAGAACAAAUGGCGGUGAUGUUGAGGUUCUUGAAUGACAAAGGGAAAGUUGUGGAACGAUUUAUUGCUCUAUAUCAUGUCAAAUAUACUACAUCUGAGGCACUAAAGGAUGCCCUUUAUGGUAUUCUCGAUCGUCAUACGUUAUCUAUUUCAAGGAUACGAGGGAAAGGAUAUGAUGGGGCUUCAAAUAUGAGAGGUGAGUUUAAUGGUUUACAAAGAAAGAUUCUAGAUGAAAACCCUUAUGCUUUCUAUGUCCAUUGUUAUGCUCACCGUUUACAAUUGGUGGUUGUGUCUGUUGCUAGUAGUUGCUCAUCUAUUCAUGAUUUCUUUGAGUACAUCUCCUUGAUUGUAACCACAACAAGUGCAUCUUGCAAGAGAAAGGAUGCUUUGAAGGAGGCACAACACCAAGAUAUUUUGAAUAAACUUGAGAGUGGUGAGAUAUCUCAAGGAAAGGGCUUGCACCAAUCAUCUAGUCUCACUAGACCCGGAGAUACUAGAUGGGGUUCACAUUAUACUACCUUGAUUCGUUUGGAUCAGAUGUGGUCCUCCGUGUUAGAGGUGCUUAGUAUUGUUGAUGAAGAUGGACGUGGACCAUCUCAAGCGGCGGGUUUGAUAGAAAAAAUGGAGAGCUUUAAAUUUGCUUUCAUUUUGAAGCUUAUGUUAAAGUUGUUUGGUAUCACUAAUGAACUUUCAAAAAUCUUGCAAACAAAAGAUCUUAAUAUUGUGCUUGCUAUGGAAUUAGUUGAUGAUGUUAAAGCUCGAUUGGCUAUAUUGAAAGAGAGUGGUUGGAAUGAUUUAUUUAGUGAUGUCCAAGAAUUUUGUUUUACUCAAAGUAUUCCGGUGCCAAAUAUGGAUGAAGAAAUAUCGGUCCGCGAACGUUCAAGAAGAGAAGGGAGAACUGUCACUAAUCUUCACCAUUACCGCGCAGAGAUUUUUUAUGUUGCUAUUGAUAAAAUAUGUGUGGAGAUGGAUCACCGAUUUUGUGAAGGAAGUAACGUUGUGCUGGAUUGCUUCUCAUGUCUUGACCUCAAGAACUCUUUUUCCAAGUUUGAUGUUGAUAAGCUUGCUCGUCUUGCUAAUAUUUAUCAUGCAGACUUUUCUGAUGAUGACCGUGGAACAAUAAGGGAGCAACUUGAGACUUAUGUACAUCAAGUGAAAAGGCACGCUUCUUUUACUUCUUGUGAAGAUGUUCAAAGUUUGGCUAUGAAGAUGGUUCAAACUGAGAAACAUUUGGUAUUUCCAUUGGUUUACAAGCUCAUUGAGUUGGCUUUGAUAUUGCCGGUGUCGACAGCAUAUGUUGAAAGAGCUUUUUCAGCAAUGAAGAUUAUCAAGUCUAAUUUGCGCAACAAGAUCAACGAUGUGUGGUUCAAUGACUUGAUGAUAUGUUACACGGAGCGGGAGAUAUUCAAGUCACUUAAAGAUGUUGAUAUUAUUCGAACAUUCACCGCAAAGAAGUCUCGGAGAGGGCAUUUACCUGUUAAUUUUAUUUAG